AUUCCAAGCACAUUCUCAUCGGUUUCAGCAUCUCUAGCUCAUUCUUAGCUUUUUCAAACUUCAAUUUUUAAAUCAUGUUGAGUCCCAAGAGGCUUGUUGAGAAGGCAAAGAAAGGGAUCCCCUUGAUGAGAUCUAAUAGUCGGCCGAGUUCAUAUGAGGGUAACGCAGGGGUUGCUGAAAAGGGCCAUUUUGUGGUGUACAGUAUGGAUGAUACAAGAUUCGUGGUGCCAUUGGCAUUCCUCACCAGCUGUAUUUUCCAAGAGCUCCUCAAGGUUUCAGCUGAGGAGUUUGGAUUACCCGGUAAGAGGCCAAUUACCUUGGCCUGCAGUGGAGUUUUCAUGGAGUACGUGGUCUCCUUGCUCAAGAGAAGCGUGUCUAGAGAUGUGGAGAGGGCGCUGCUUGCCUCCAUCAAUGCGAACCGGUGUUUGGAUUCCACUUUGGUUGGUCUUGGUCGUGACCAACAACGAGCAGUAGCAUGAUGACGAUGAGUGUGGAUAUAUAUAUGUUUUGUUAAUUAGAAUUAAAGUGUACAGAGAUUUAACCAUAGAGCGGUAAAGUUGUGUUUUUCAUGCCUCUUGUUCCUCGAGGUA